UUCACGUUUCCUUUCCCUAGACGCAGCUCGCGCCUGGCAUUUGCGCUUAGAAGCUUUGUUAGUUAUAUUAGUUAAAAUCCAUUCUAAUAUUCCUUUCUCAUUCCAGAAGAAGAACAGAAUCCCUAAAAAGCUGAGCUUAGUCUCUCUAAAUCAAUGGCGGAAUCAGGCACUGAUGCAAAGACAAAGCUGAUAGUAGAGCUUGUACUCUCCGCUGCUACGGCAGCUUUAGGGAUGGUUUUCAUAUUCGCUGGGCUUCGUCAUCUCGAUCCCAAUCGCGAAGCUUCUAAGAGAGCUCUCGAAUCCCGCAAACAGCUCUCUAAACGCUUAGGUCGUCCUCUUAUCCACACCACUCCUUAUGAGGAUAUGAUUGCUGGGGAUGUUGUGAAUCCAGACCACAUAGAUGUGGAGUUUGAUUCGAUUGGGGGGCUGGAUGGGAUUAAGGAUACUUUGUUUCAGCUGGCCAUUUUACCUCUACGAAGGCCUGAAUUGUUUUGUCAUGGGAAAUUGCUUGGUCCAAUGAAAGGGGUUCUGUUGUAUGGACCACCUGGGACAGGGAAGACAAUGCUUGCUAAAGCCAUUGCUAAAGAGUCUGGUGCUGUGUUCAUUAAUGUGAAGGUUUCUACUCUCAUGAGCAAGUGGUUUGGUGAUGCGCAAAAGCUUGUUGCUGCUAUUUUUGGUUUGGCCUAUAAGCUCCAGCCUGCUAUAAUAUUUAUUGAUGAAGUUGACAGCUUUUUGGGCCAGCGUCGUGCAAGUGAGACUGAAAUGCUGACUAGCAUGAAAACUGAGUUCAUGGCCUUAUGGGAUGGUUUUACUACUGAUCAGAAUGCUAGAGUUAUGGUCCUGGCAGCAACCAAUCGCCCAACUGACCUUGAUGAGGCAAUACUUAGGCGCUUUUCUCAGUCAUUUGAGAUUGGGAAACCUUCCCUUAGUGAUAGAACAAAGAUAUUUAAGGUAGUAUUGAAGGGUGAGAGAAUUGAAGAUAACGUUGACUUUGAUCGACUUGCUGGCUUGUGU